AUUUUGACAUUUACAAAGUUUAAGUGUCAUACAGAUUUCAAAAGUUGAGAAAUUCGUAAAUAUUUGAGGUUUUUUUGCCUGAAUAGGGUUCUAAACGGCAUAACCUCAUAUGAGAAUCAUCAAUAAUGAUUAACUAAAGGAAGGGAAACCUCCAUAAAUCGAAGCGAGCCAUGUGAAUAGUAAUAAAAGUGAUAAUUUAAUUUUUUUAAGUUACCCUUUACAAAAUCUGCAAAAAUGUCCAAGAAGAAAGGAAAAAAGAAUGUAAUUCGAGAUUUCACUCUCAAUGAUUGCGCAAACGCAUCAAAACCAAUACGAGAACUUAGGAAACCGGCUGUAAUAAAUCCAAAUAUGGAAAAAAGUUGGGACGAAUUAGACGAGGAUUGCGAAGUAGAAACGGAAGUUCAAAAUGGCCUAAUAACUCUAGUAUGUAAAAAAAAUAGGAAGAAAAAUACGGAAUCCCCUAUAGACAAUCGACCGGGCAGAGAUUAUCCAGAAAUCAUUUUCUACCACCUUUCUAAGUAUAUUAAACCCGAGGACAUAGCAUCUUUCGCUAGAAUCAACAAAGCGGCUCACUUGGUGACGAAAACGAAAGCCUUUUGGAUGCUACAGUACAAACGUUAUUGCGAAAAUCACCCGAAAUUACCAGAAAAACUCCGAUUCGAAAGCUUAAAGUCCUAUGGGUUGCGUCAGACUGUCAUAAGGGCGUUACACCAUACUUAUGAUAUUUUGAACCAUAGGAUUGUGAGGAAAGAGAUCCCCCCCCAUCGUCUGGUCACCUGGGUGUGCGUCAAUGUGUGGUACAAUAGGGGAUUAACUUAUUGGAAUGUUUAUUUUAAAUUAAAAAGACCGCAGAUGUAUCAUAAUCGAGUUAAUUUGGAUAAGGAUUUGAUUGAGGAGAUGGGACGGAUUGAUGCUAAUCCUGAAGAAGGUGCUCAGGUCUUGAUGGUGACUUGCAAAGGUUUCGACAGGAUCCCCCCUCUUCAAGGCAUGACCUUGUCAGCGGUCAGCAUGGUUCUAUCGCACGGGUACAGACACCAUACCCUGCACCUUGGCUUCAGCAGUUCCUGUUACUCCGUCAAAGGUAUCGUACCAGAAUGCGAGGUAAUCCUAGAUGCUGUUGUCAGAGCCCUCGUUUGUGAUUGGUGGCACCCUCAGUACCCCCAUUCAGGAAACUUUGUACCAAGACAGGAUCCCCCGCUGUUGUUAAAGGAUUUCUUCGAUGAUGAAGAUGGUUCGUGAAGGUUUUUUGGCUGUUUUUUUUUGAACUUUAAGUUGAACUUAGUCAGGUAGCUGGUUGACGGAAAGCUCGACUAGUUUCAACCUACGUUGGGGACCCAUAUUCAGUCCGGUUUUUGUGAGAAAUCAUCAAAUGACUUAUCUCGCCCAGUUGGGUGAGGCGAGAGGUAGUAUCAGACUCUUACUGACUAAAAACCCCCCUUCUCCUGCUCUGGGCCGAGGGCGCGGUGCCUCAUUGCGCUUACCCCGCAACCCCGGCUGAACAUCAGCCCUAUAGGGCCCCGUCUGUGGUGGUCUAUUGGCUCUUCGAGGCAGCGUAAAGCAAUACUUAUUAAGGGUUUACACGAAGCCCAAGCCUUCCCUGCCCCUCAAUCAUCAAUCAUUAAAUCCCUAAGAGCCCACCAUAGGCCGGCAAAGCGCUUGUAGCAACUCCUUUAGUAUUACGAGCGUCCAUGGGCGGCGCUGAUUGCUUACCAUCAGGUAAUCUG